AAUCUCCCGAGGCAAUGAACGCGCGCCCGCGCGCGAGACAGAGAGAGAGAGGAGUGAGUCGGGUGAGUGCGCGAGCGAGUGCGAGUGUCGUUCGCGUUGCAGAACUCGCGCGCGCCAGUCUGUGUCUCUCUCCGACCGCGCAGACCCAGUAAAUCAUGACUGCGAGACGCGUGCGUGUUUGACGCUCUUUCUGUGUCCUACACCGUCCCGCGCGCCUGGCCACUGAGAUGCUGCCAUGUCCACUGAACUAUUCCCACGAGUGAACUUUUGGUGGAUUACCGUGGCGGUCGCGAGCUUGGCAGCUGUGUCUGAGGUGAGAUGCCACAGCUGUCACGAGGUGAAAACGGCUUUCCAGUUGCGCCAGAUCGGACCUCUGAAAUGGGUACCGGAGGCACCUGGCACAGACGCCGACCUGUCCGUGUGUAAGCAUGCCGGGCCGUCGUGCUGCACGCGGAGGAUGGAGGACAGCUACAGGACCGCGGCAGUGAGGGACCUUGGGCAUGGCGUCCGCACAUACAGCUUUGAACUCAAGUACCUGCUCUCAGAGCACGCGACCGUCUUCAAGGAUACGUACGAGUCUCUGUUGUCCUUCUCCCAGGGUCAUGUGAUGUCCCUUUUUGAGAGCACCUACACCCCCCUCGCGCCUUCCAUCGCCCCGCACGUCUCCGCCCUCUUCUCCGACCUUUCCAUCUUCAUCCACGAUGCGGCCAACGUUUCCGUGGAGACGGCCGUGCAUCGCUUCUAUGAUCACCUCUUCCCGCUCGUGUACAUGCGGCUGAUCAACCCGGGUGCCGCGGGCGGCGACCUCGCUGACUGCCUCCGCAUGACCCGGCAGGACGUGAACCCGUUCGGACGCCACGCCGACACUGCGGCCCACGAGCUGGCGGACGCGCUUCGGGCCGGCCGGGCGCUGACCCGAGCCUUCGUCGCCGGCAACCACGCCGUGAACAGCACGGAGGCAGUGAUGCUGAGCCGUGAGUGCUCCCGCGCGUUGGUCCGGAUGCUGUACUGCCCACACUGCCGCGGGCUUACGCUGAUCCGGCCUUGCACCCCCUACUGCCUGAACGUGAUGCGCGGCUGUCUGGCCAGCCUGACCGAGAUGGACGCACCCUGGAGGCGCUACAUGGCCAUCCUGGAGGACCUCACCCACACCGUGUCUGCGGAGCACAGCCUGGAACUCAACCUGCUCAGGGUCCGAGGGUGGGUCAACGACGCCAUCCUCCACGCACAGCUGCAUGGACCCAGGCUCACUGCCACGGUGGAUAAGUUGUGUGGCAAGUCUAUGACUGAGUCCCACAGUGACCAGCCCACCAUUCCCAUGGUUACGGACAUACCGCCACAAAUGACCAGCCAGUCAGCUUCCCUGUCCAGAGAGAAAGUGAUCAGGAUGUCCAGCCGCUCACUUCCUCUGAAACCCACCAAGAGCAAUAAAGAUAGAAGUCUGAAACAGAUUGCUCGGGAGGUUAUCAUGUAUAUUCGCCAUUAUAUAUCGUUUUUCAACAUUCUGCCGGAGAGCCUGUGUGAGGGUGAGAUGGGGCUGGACGAGUUCACCUGCUGGAGUGGAGACGAUGUGGUAGAGAGUUAUUCUGGUAUAGUGGUAGGCAAUGGAGUUCACGCUCAGAGACAGAACCCAGAAGUGAGGGUCAGAGGUCCUGACCCCAUACUGACAGAGGUCAAGGAGAAGCUCGAGCACUUCAACCAGGAGAUGCAGGAGGUAAUGCCGGACCUCGGGAGCAGGGAUCCAUGGGACGAGCUGGGCAGCGGGCCGGACGCCAGCGGAGACUGCGAUGAUGAGGACAGCUGCCACGGGUCCGGGGAGGGCGGAACCAGGACCUCUAACACAGAGUCUAGCAUCAGUGCUGAGGAGAAGAAACCUCCACCUCCCAAGACUCCUGCUGGACACUCCAAGCCUGGAGAAAAUGGCACUCGCCUCACUCUUCCCACCUUCAUCACCCUCAUCCUCACCCUGGGACUGCAGUGGGCCUUGAACUGAGAGACUGAAGCGCACGCACACACUCACACUCACACUCAUACACACUCACACUCACACUCACACACACUCACACACUCACACUCAC